AUGACAAGUUCGAGAUCAACACAAAAUUUGAGAAAUGUGGGAAAUUCAACAACUUCUCGAUCUACUGCUUCUAGUACACCGCCAACAAAUAAUAAUAAUAAUAAUAAUAGUCGGGAUGCAAGACUCCGUUUUCAUUCUGUCAAAGGCAACAAUGUUGUUAUACAAAAUAAUGGAACAACUGCAGUCCGCAAACAUGGAGAAUAUUAUUUGGGUUAUGUCUUCACUGAACGCCCUAUUCGAAUUGGAGAAAAAAUUGUAAUUUUGGUCAGUAUGACAGAAGAUGCUUUUUCUGGCAGUUUAGCCUUUGGAUUAACUAGCUGCGAUCCUGACCAAGUCCCCGCUGCUCGUCUUCCUGCCGAUAGCGAUGAAUUACUCGAACGCCCUGAAUAUUGGGUUUGUAUUAAAGACGUUGGGGCUAGCCCUCAAGUUGGUACUACACUUAAUUUUAAAGUGGAUUGUACAGGCCGUGUUCUUUUCUCCAAAAAUGAUGCUCCUUUUAGAGUGAUAAUGCAUGUUGAUGUAAGUAUUCCACUUUGGGCUUUCUUUGAUCUCUAUGGAAGCACAAGGAAAAUUCAAAUAUUGGAUCUCGAUCAACCUUUGAGUCCAGCAGAGUAUAUAGCAAUGCGGGGACAUCGUGCUUCUUCAGAAGGUGCAGCUUCUGCUCAUGGUGAUUCUAAUGACACUUCUUUAUACAUUUCACCUACAACGCGUUUGAGUAGGCCGUCUUCUGCACAAUGGAAUAUGGAAUCUCUACGUGUAGCACUUCCCGAACCCUUAAGCAUUACUCCACCUACCCAAUCAACAGCAGUUUCAACUACUACAAAUUCAACAUCAGCAUUAUCAGAAACUACAACAUCUGCCCCAUCAUUUUCAGCUCCUUCCUAUUCUUUACACGAACCUAGAGAUUUAACAAAUUUACGUGUAGCAAAUACUUUACGGCGUCUUAAUCAGCAACAAGCUGAUUUAUUAGCAGAAGCAAAUUCUUCAAUAAAUUUAGCUUCAACAACAACAACAACAUCAGCAGCAGCAAUCUCUUCUUCAACAAAUUCUCCUUCAGCCUAUUCAACUCCUUUAUUUUCAUCCCCAUACACUUCAACAUUAUUAGGAGGAGGAGGAAAUAAUUCUACUAAUAAUUCUGAAUCAUCGUCUCAGGCAGUAAAUGAUUUUAUCAACAAUUAUAGACAAAUACAAAGGGAAAGAAUGCAAAAUCAUUCACGUUCACCUGUUAGACCAAUUAAUAAUAAUCAAAGAGGAAAUAAUAGUAAUAAUGCUGCAGCUAAUUUAUUUGAAUUUCCUAAUGCUCCAACAACAACUAAUUCGGGUGCUUCAAUUACGGUUCCAUUACUUCCUGCCCCACUUUUCUCUUCUUUAAACGUUCCAUCCAACGAACAACAAAAUUUAAGAAAUAGAGCUGCUGAAUUUGAAGCAGCUUUGUCUUCAAGUUUAUCAAGUGAUCAUUCACCAAAUCGACGGUCUCUUCUUGAAGGAAAUCGUCAAAGUAGUGGUGAAGGUGGAACAACAACAGCUGUAAAUAAUAAUAAUAAUGAUGCGGAUGCUGCAAUACAACUUGAAGAUGGAGAUCGUAACAAUGAAUGUACAAUUUGUAUGACGAAUCGUGUUAAUGCGGUUAUUUAUCGAUGCGGGCAUAUGUGCAUGUGCUUUCCAUGUGCUAAAGAAACACAUCGUCGUUCUGGAGAUUGUCCUAUUUGUCGAACUCCUAUAAUUGAUGUAAUCCGUUGCUAUCCAGUUUAA